CAACUCCUCUCCCUUCCAUAGAGUUUGAAACAACAUUGAGGUGAUACGAGUCUAUUGACCUAUUCCUCCGAUCGCAAUGACGUCCUAUCCGAAGAAGAAGUGCGGUGUUCUCGGUGCCACUGGCUCUGUGGGCCAAAGAUUCAUCCUUUUGCUCGCCGAUCACCCUUUUCUAGAGCUGCACGCUAUCGGCGCAUCGAGUCGAUCCGCCGGAAAGCAGUAUAAGGAUGCCGUGAAAUGGAAGCAGACCACUGCUAUGUCCGAGAAGCUCAGCGGUCUUGUGCUUCGAGACUGCAAGGCGGAUCAGUUCAGUGACUGCGACCUUGUGUUUUCCGGCUUGAACAGCGACAUUGCGGGUGAAGUUGAGAUGGAAUUCAUCAAGGCCGAAAUCCCCGUCUUCUCGAACGCCAAGAACUACCGCAAGGACCCUAUUGUCCCUCUCGUCGUCCCUACCGUUAACCCUCAACAUUUGGAUUUGAUCCCUCACCAAAGGAAGCACUUUGGCUUGAAGAAGGGAUUCUUGGUUUGCAACUCGAACUGCGCCGUUAUUGGUGUCGUCAUUCCGUUCGCAGCUCUUCAAGCCAAGUUCGGCCCCGUCGAGGAAGUCGAGGUCUUCACGGAACAGGCUUUGUCUGGGGCUGGAUACCCUGGAGUUCCUAGCAUGGAUAUCCUGGACAAUGUCAUCCCGUUCAUCAGCGGUGAGGAAGACAAACUGGAAAAUGAGGCCCAGAAGAUCCUUGGAUCUUUGAACCAAGACGCUACCGCUUUCAACGAACAAAGUGGCCUUAGAAUCGGAGCUACGUGUACCCGUGUAGGAGUUACCGAUGGCCAUAUGGCCUUUGUUUCGUUGCGAUUCAAGAACCGCCCCGGGCCUAGCGCCGAACAAGUCGUCCAAGCGAUGAGAGAAUAUCAGUCCGAGGCACAGAAACUGGGCUGCCCUUCGGCACCCAAGGAGGCGAUCAAGGUCUUUGACGAGGCCGAUCGGCCUCAGCCUAGACUCGACCGAGACAUCUCUGGUGGAUAUACCGUCAGCGUGGGGCGGGUACGUGAAGGCGCGCAGGGCGGUUACUUUGACCUCAGAUUCGCAGCCCUUUCACACAACACCGUUAUCGGCGCUGCUGGAUCCUCGAUCCUUAACGCUGAGGUCGCUGUGAUCAAGGGCUACAUCUAAAGGACACUAGAAAAGACAUUUGCUUAGAGCGACAAAGAGGGCGUUGAGUAUCCCCAGUCACGAGAUCUACAGAGUAGAAUUCCAUGCAGAUAGAACCAUAGCAAGAUUAGUUACCCUUUUGGGAUGUAUUAUUAUAUAAGCGGGCCGUAUGAACAUUUUAGCGUCAUGCACUAUACCCAGAAAGGAUUGCGAAGUGGAGCCCUAGAACAGGACUAGCGCUAGGGCUCAUCCCACAGCACUAAGCGAAUUUCGCUGAG